UGUAGCAGCAGGAAGUUUAAAAUAAUCCGCAGCGGAAGGCAAAGGAAGAAACUGUAUCCCAAGUUUUCAAAUGUCAUAUUCUCUUGAAAGUGCAUUCUUCUUUAUAAGCUGAGUCAUCCUGUGGAGGAAGUAACCAUUUCUGUUUUUUAAGAAUUCGUCUCCCUGGUGAUUCAUAGUGAGGAAUUUCUAAGGAAUCUGCUGGCCACAAAAAAAAAACGUGCUGAGAAGAGUGAUGAAUCAUCCUUGAAUUAUCUGCUUGUGCACAGAGGUACAUACUUAUUUUUUUUCUUUAUUACAUUUAUCUUAUCUUUAUCUGUUAGACUUCUAUACCUUUCCCACACAGUAUUUCAGUGUAAAUUGUGGCAGUCAUCUUUUUCAUUUCUGGAUGACAUGAUGGGUUUGGUCAGAAGAUACCUUCUUGCACAAAUCUUUCUCAUCUGCCUUCCAAGCAGGACUGUUUAUGGGGCUGGGGAAGCCCUCCAGCUCGGCAACCCUGAGCAGGAAGGGGGAUGAGUCUUUGCUGGUGAGUUCUGUUCCCUGGGCUCUUCCUAGGCAGCCUUCCCAAAAUGUGUGGACUUUAACUCUCACAAUUUUAAAAAUGGCCCUGCUGGGGAAUUCUGAGAAUUGAGAUCCAGCCCAUCUGGAGACCACCACAGACUGCUUUAGGAGGUGGCCCAUCAGUGGGUCAAUGGACUGCCAGGAAGAACAUGCUUACAUGGCAUUAAUAACAUCUGAAGUUUGGUGAGUUGCUGCAAAUGGUUGCCCACAAUGCAAAGGUCCUGCAUGCCAUUCCAGUCCAAAAGAUGAGAGUAGAGAGGACGAUAAUAUCUGUGCUGGACCACAUAGGUAGCACUCUAGGACCACAUGACCUCUCAUCUCCUAAACGUUUCAAAUUAUGGCACGAUGAUCCAUUCUUUCAUUUAUGGACAUGUUGAAAUAAGAUGGCUGAGAUGUCAAUAUCCCACUUUAGUUCCCACUGUAGGUGUCUGCAAAAAGUAGAGGGAGUGAGCAGGAAGAGCAAGAGAUGAUAUGUUCUGCAUGACAUCAUUGUAGUUGGAUGUCUGUAGUUUAGGUUGUUGAAAGUUAAACAUUAUUGGAUUAAUGUAUUAACAUGGGAUGAUUUGGUUAUGGUGGAAAAAUGGGCUUGGGUACACCACUGGAAGCUAACUUCUACGUCAGCUCUUACCAAAUGGUUACAGUUCUACUGUACCUUCUCAAGGCUAUCGUCUUCCAGAUAUGCUGGGAAUGACUGCUGGAUGGGAAUUCUGUGAGCUGCAGUCCCACUAUAUCUGGCAUAUGUUAGUGAGGAGACAGCCAACCUAGGAAUUAUUAAUACAGUGAACCAACUCAGAAAUUACCCUGAAGAGUUCAGCAAAGAGAGAGAGGGUGGCUCAUGACAGCUGUUGACAGAUCACCUUUUGUCAAGGGAUUCUGAGUUGACAUUAAACAGGGAUACAAGCCUUGCUGUAUUGGGGAGAAAAGACGUAAUUGCUAACCCACUUUUUUCAUCAACUAUUCCCAUUUGAAUUUAGGAUAGAAAUCUUUGAAUGGUGGGGAUCUAUCUUGAAAUAAACUCAGUUGCUUGCUUUUGAUUUCUGUUGUACUUGCUUGCCAUUCUGAUUUUUGUUUGUUUUAAAUGCAACUUUGCAGAGGCAGAAAAAUGUCACAGCAGCUGGUAAAAGAAGCCUUUAUAAGUAAUCUGAAUGGAACCACCUUACUUGAAAUUUCUAUUGGCUUACCUCUUGCACCAUUAUGUCUUCUUACCAGAGGAUUGCUUCUAAUUUUGUAUUUUCUCCACUAUGGAAGUCCUUUAUGUUCAAUGUAUGGUAAUUUUUUUCUUGACUUCACUCUCUUAGUUGUCCCUCCACUACUUUCCUGUACAAUUUUAGCUUCCAUACUCCCUUUUCUGAUCCUCUUCAUUAUGGCAUUCUGCACAGGCUUGCUUUUUGUCAUUUAUAGCAAACGGACAAAUUAUGCCCAAGUGUCACUUAAGCAAAUCUCAGAUGAUUUCCUGAGAACAAACCUGGAACCAGAAUACAUUCCCUCCAUAACCACGUUUCGAGUUUUUAGCAAUUUGUGGACAUCCAUUAGCAUCCUGGCUGUAGACUUCCCACAGUAUCCCCGGCGAUACGCCAAAACUGAGACUUAUGGAACAGGAGUGAUGGAUUUGGGAGUUGGAUUAUUUGUUUUUGGAAACGCUGUGGUUUGUCCAGAGGUUCGGCUGAAACCUGCUGCAAUACAACACAAAUUCUUUUAUCUCACAAGGCAACUCUUGACCGUGUGGCCCCUCCUUUUCCUUGGCUUUGGACGACUGAUGAGUGUCAAAGCAGCUGACUAUUAUGAACAUGUCACUGAGUAUGGCGUGCACUGGAACUUUUUCUUCACUUUAGCUGUCGUACGAAUGGCUGCAUCACUGCUCCUGACCACAUUCCCUGUGCACAAGGCCUGGAUUGUCGCAGUGGUGCUUGCUGUAGCCUAUGAAUGCUUUCUUGACAUUACACCUCUGAAGAUGUUUAUUCUGCAUGGAAGCAAUGGGCAAGAUUCAAGGAUUGGUUUUUUAAAUGCCAACAGAGAGGGCGUAUUUUCUGUCAUUGGUUACCUUGCUAUCUACAUGGCUAGCGUGCAAGUAGGUUUGUAUUUGUUAAGAAAGAGAACAACAGCAAGAGAGUGGCUUAGAGUAAUCUCCUACUUUUUACUGGCCAUUUUUCUCCUUCUCGUAUGUCUCUGCAUUACUCAGUUGUACAUUGACGUUGCAUCCCGACGAAUGGCAAAUCUUUCUUUUUGUAUAUGGAUUGUUGCUCACUGCUUGCUUCUCUUCAGUUGUUUUUUAGCAGUUGAUCUCGUUCUCAUAUUCGCAAAGCUUCUUGUGGGUGGGGCUGAUAUUCCUUGUAGUUGGAAUUUGCUGCAGUCGUCAACAUAUAAAAAAACUAAUUUGGAAUUCUUGCACAGAAAAACAGUAUCUCAGAGUAUGUGCCUGAUCAGUGCUGUGAACAAAAACCAGCUUCUGCAUUUUUUGCUAGCCAAUGUUUUAACUGGUCUUGUAAAUAGGCUGGUUGAUACCAUUCAUAGCCACACACUCUCUGCCAUGUUAAUUCUACAUUUAUAUAUGUUUACAAAUUGUUUAAUUAUGCAUGUGUUACAAGCAAAAAAUAUAAUAUUAAAGUGGUGGUAAUUUAUAAAACUUCAGGAACAUGUCCAGGCAGUCACCAGGAGUCAACACUGACUUGAAGGCACAAAAAUAAAAUAAAAUAAAAUAAA